UGCAGCUUACAAAAUGCUUCUUCUUUGGGACCCUUAAUUUCACUACUCCAAUUCAGCUCUCUCCUUUGGCUUCAAAUGACGAAAACAAAGCUUCAACUCAUCUUCCUCUUUAGCAUCUUCAUUGUCUUUCAGUGCUUCUCUCUUGGGAAGUCAUCACAUUUUGAACUGGAGGAUAACUCUUGGCUUAAUGAUGAAGAUGAUGAAGUUAACAUGGUUCAGAGCCAACAAAAUUCAAGGAACAGAUGUGAUUUUUCGGUUGGCAAGUGGGUUUACGAUCAAUCGUAUCCUCUCUAUGACUCUAGUUGUCCAUAUCUGAGCACUGCAGUGACUUGUCAGAAAAAUGGAAGGCCGGAUUCCGACUACGAAAAGUGGAGGUGGAAGCCAAACAGCUGCUCCAUUCCUAGGUUUGAUGCAUUGAAAUUUCUUGGAAAAAUGAGAAGGAAAAGGAUAAUGCUGGUGGGUGAUUCUAUAAUGAGGAAUCAGUGGGAGUCUCUAGUCUGCUUGGUACAAGGAGUAGUUCCAACUGGUCGAAAGAGAGUGACCUACAAUGGUCCUUCCAUGGCAUUCCAUGCAAUGGACUUUGAGACAUCAAUCGAGUUCUCAUGGGCUCCACUCCUAGUAGAAUUGAACAAAGGAGCUGAAAAGAAGAGAAUUUUGCAUUUGGACUUGAUAGAAGAGAAUGCAAAGUAUUGGAGAGGAGUUGAUGUUCUUGUGUUUGAUUCUGCUCACUGGUGGACUCAUUCUGAUAAAUCGAGUUCGUGGGAUUAUUACAUGGAGGGACACUCUCUCUAUACAAAUAUGAACCCAAUGGUUGCAUACCAAAAAGGACUCACUACAUGGGCUAAAUGGGUUGAUUUAAACCUAGACCCUCGUAAAACCCGAGUAAUUUUUCGAAGCAUGUCACCUAGGCAUAACAGAGAGAAUGGUUGGAGAUGCUAUAAUCAGAAGCAGCCUCUAGCUUAUUUCAGUCACCAACAUGUUCCUGAACCAUUGCUAGUAUUGCAAGGUGUAUUGAGAAAGAUGAGAUUUCCAGUAUAUCUUCAGGACAUAACUACAAUGUCGGCUUUUCGAAGAGACGGGCACCCUUCUGUGUACAGAAGGGCAAUGGGGCAGGAAGAGAGGCAGCACCCGAGGGACUUUUCCUCUGACUGCAGCCAUUGGUGCCUACCUGGGGUGCCUGACAGUUGGAAUGAGAUUCUGAGUGCCUUGCUCUGAGUAUGACUUUAAUAUGAACUUCUAGGUAAAGUUCGUCA